AUGGAGAGAGCCAAUGCCACACUGGUGAAGGACUUUUACCUAACUGAGCUGUCAGACCUGUCAGAAGUGCGAAUUUCUCUCUUUGUGAUGGUUCUGCUGAUCUACUUGGUCACCCUGGCAGGGAACGGGGCUAUUCUCCUGGCCAUUGGGACAGACAAUCAUCUCCAGACCCCCAUGUACUUCUUCCUCAGCAGUUUGUCUUUGCUAGACAUUCUUUGCCCAACCGUCACUGUGCCAAAAAUGCUCCACAUUUUCUUGUCACAGGACAAGAGAAUAUCAUUUGGGGGUUGCAUGCUACAAUUAUUCUUUCUGAUUGAUAUGGUGGGUACUGAAAUUUUCUUGCUAGCAGUGAUGGCCUAUGACCGCUAUGUAGCCAUAUGUAGCCCUUUACACUACACAAACAUUAUGAGUAAGCGCUGUUGUGCUCAGCUGACUGCUGGAACCUGGCUAACAGGCAUCAUUAAUUCCAUGGUUCAUACUUCAAUGACUUUUACAUUAUCGUUCUGUGGGCCAAAUAAAAUCAACCAAUAUUUCUGUGACAUCCCGCCAGUUAGGGCUCUUUCUUGCUCUUCAACAUACAUCCCUGAACUAGUCCUUCUCCUUGUAGCUGGCAUUUUAGGAGGUGGUGCUUUUCUUGUCACCCUGAUUUCUUACAUCUAUAUCAUUUCUGCUAUCUUGCAUAAGCACUCUGCUGAGAGCAGGGGCAAAGCCUUUUCUACCUGUGGGUCCCACUUGACUGUAGUUUGCCUAUUCUAUGGGACUACCAUUGCUACCUAUGUCCGGCCCUCCUCAGCAUAUUCACCCAAGCAGGACAGAAUUGUUUCCAUGUUAUAUGGCAUUAUUACUCCCAUGGUGAAUCCUAUGAUCUACAGUCUGAGGAAUAAGGAAGUGAAAAGAGCCUUAGUCAAAGCACUUAAUCUUAAAAGGUUUUAA